CCCUUCUUCGUCUCUUCGCCGCGUUUCCAACCCAUUACCCAUCUCUUGCAAGACAAUCGCCUCGCGAUUUUCGACAUCAUGAAGACCAGCUGUGCCCUUGUGCUUGUCGCAGCCCUGGCAGCUCAUGCCAGUCCUCGUCACCACCAGCCUGAACAUCCAUUCGGUGACAAACCUAACCACAAGGACUAUGUGGAUCAGAACUUCAACGACAAAGGCUAUAGGUGCAAGGAGUGGCGCGUUAGUGCCAGCCUUGACGCUGCCGAGAACCUUGACACUGCCACUCUCCGCUGCAAAAAAUGGGAAAAGAACCACCGUGAUGAACGCGACUAUACGCUCUACAAGUCCUCCCUCAUGAACGGUGCCUGCAAGGAAUGGGAAUACACAGAGCGCAUGGCUGAUUCCAAGGUUGAAGUGAAGCCGACUUGCAAGGAGCUCAAGAAGUGGGACUGGGCGAAUGGUCUUGAGGGAGCCCAGCUCUACCCAGUCGAAAACGACGACGACAAAGACGACCAGGCUGACAAGAACAACAUGUUCCUCAAGGAGUUCAAAGAAGAAAAAGUCGAGAUCGACGAGGUCGACGAAAUCGAGAAAAGGGGCCGCCACCACCGAGUCUGCGAGCCGACUACCACCAGCGUCACUGCCACCGUCACCAUCACUCAACAUCCUCGCGUAUCCAUGACCAUGGAGGACGGCCGUGCUUUCUGUACGAUCGAGACGGCCGCAGAGGCCAGCUCCACUGUCGCGACCGAAGAGGUCGAGUCUACCAUCACCGCGGCCCCGGUGAGCUCCACGUCCGUGGCGAGUCACUUGCCAGGACUUUACAUGACAUCAGAUGGUCACCUGUUCGGUCCGUGGGACCACCACCCAUUUCACACUACUCUCUCCUAG